UGCAAGGGAGGAGGAGCAUUGUGCAGAAUAAUUAUAGAAAAUAGCUAUUAGUUUUUGUACUGCAAGAUAAUAUAACUACUGUCUGUUACGUUGAAGCAUACUGACGAUGUCCAUGACUGCUUUGGUGCUGGGGCACUCUGGCUCUGUUAGGGGGCUGAAAGGAGGUGUGCAGAAACUGCUGGCUGAGCUCAGAGAGAAGAGUGAAAGACUGGAGGAAUCUCCUGUGCUGCAGAAACUAAGAGAGGAAGAAUCCCCCACCCUGCCAGGACAGAGGGGCAAGGUGGUUGUGUACAUUACCAGCAUGCCAGCAGUGAGGGAAACAUAUGAACAGUGUCAGCGCAUCGUGCUGGUUCUGAGAGCUCAUCAGGUGGCGUUUGUUGCCAAGGAUAUCUACCUACACCCAGACUACAAUGAGGAGCUGCGAUUGAGACUGGGAGAGACAAAACUAACAGUGCCGCAGUUGUAUAUCGAUGGCGAAUAUGUAGGAGGUAGUGAAAUAGUGGAAGAGCUGAAUGAAUGUGGAGAAUUGGCUUCCAUGCUGAAAGGAUUUGAGAGGAGGAAGCCUUCGUACGUGUGCCCCUUGUGUCAAGGACAAGGCUUUGUGGUGUGUCUAUGGUGCAACGGUACCAAAAAGGGAAUCAAAACUAACUUUGUGGACCUGAAAUGUACAGUGUGCAAUCAGAACGCUCUGCAGAUAUGCCCUGAGUGUAGUUUAUAGACUAUAACAAUAACGCUUGUUUGUCAAUCAUGCAUGCAUUGCAAUUUUUAUGUUCACUUUAUGUUGUUCUGUGAUUUACACAUAAUUAUAUUGUUACAAUGACCAAAUGACCAAA